UCUCCGAGGCGAGGGCUUAUUCGCGAAUAGCACUCCGUUCACUCCCACUAUCCCUCGUUGGCUCCGUGACAAUGCGCUUCGAUCACCGGCCGGUGAUCGCCGUUCUCCUCGUCCUCGCACUCCAUCAGCCAUGCCUACACUUCGUCUCCGCUGUGGGGGUGAACUGGGGGACCUUUUCUUCACACCCUUUGCCGCCGUCGAAGGUCGUGCAGAGCCUUCUCCGAACCAACAACAUUGGCAGAGUGAAGCUCUCCGACGCUAACUCCGACGUCUUGGAGAGCCUCUCCGGGACGGGGAUUGGCGUCGUGGUCGGAAUCCCUAACGAGAUGCUCAAGUCCCUUAGCUCCUCGAAGAAGGCCGCCCAGAGCUGGGUUCAUGACAACAUCACCCGCUACAUCCCAGCCACUGGCGGCGGGGUUCGAAUCGAAUAUAUUGCUGUUGGUGAUGAGCCUUUCCUCCUCAGCUACGGUCAACAAUUCCAGUCCUUUGUGGUUGGUGCAGCGACCAAUGUUCACCUAGCAUUAACAGCUGCAAAGUUAUCUAGCAAGAUGAAAAUUAUUGUUCCUUGCAGUUCCGAUGUGUACCAGUCUGAUUCUAACUUCCCGUCGGAGGGACACUUCAGGCCUGAUCUCAACAAGACAAUGACUGAUCUCCUUUCUUUUCUCGACAAGAAUGGUUCACCCUUUGUAGUUGACAUCAAUCCUUUCUUGAGCCUUCAGAAGAACAAGAACCUCUCUAUGGACUUUGUUCUCUUCCAGACGAAAGCACAUGCAGUAAAAGAUGGACAUCUCAAGUACAAAAACAGCUUCGAUGCAAACAUGGAUACAUUGAUUUCAUCUUUGUCUAAGGCUGGGUUCGGCGAUAUGGAUGUCAUAGUUGGAAGAAUUGGGUGGCCUACUGAUGGCGCACUGAAUGCGACCCCAUCAGUUGCCCAGACCUUCAUGAAGGGCCUUAUCGAUCAUUUGCAAAGCAAUGCUGGAACCCCACUCAGACCCAAAAAGCCUCCUGCAGAAACCUAUCUCUUCAGUUUACUGGAUGAGGAUCAAAGGAGCAUAACCUCCGGAAAUUUUGAGAGGCACUGGGGUAUCUUCACUUUCGAUGGUCAAGCAAAGUAUAAUGUAGACCUGGGGCAAGGUUCAAAGAACUUAGUGAAUGCUCGGAAUGUGGACUAUCUUGCUUCUAAAUGGUGUGUGGUUAACAACAACAAAGACUUGUCUAAUGUCUCUGCAAGUUUUUCCAAUGCUUGUUCCCAUGGGGACUGCACUGCUCUCUCUCCCGGUGGAUCUUGUUUCGGCAUCAGCUGGCCAGGGAAUGUCUCCUAUGCAUUCAACAACUACUAUCAGCAGCAUGAUCAAAGUGGAGAUAGCUGUGAUUUUGGUGGCCUGGGGUUAAUUACCACUGUCGACCCAUCUGUCGGUGAAUGCAGGUUCCAAGUUGCUAUUAGAUCGUCGUUUUCUUCUCUUCAGAGGGUUCUGGUAAUAUGGUGGAGUGUGGCUUUGAGUGCUUGUGUUUCAAUCUAUUUGCUUGGUUUCAGCUGGUGUUGAUUUUAGUGAGAAAAUUUUGCAGCAGAUUGUAGGAUUUUGUAUGAACUUAUUUCAGGGUAUGAUUAGAUUUGCAAAUGUAGUCUGCCGAGGUUCCAUGUAUCUUUCUUUACUGGAUUUCUCUUGAAGAAGCUCUUUGUGAUUAGAUGAGUUUCUCCAGAUCAUUGGAAUGUCUUUUACCAAGAGUUUAUAUUGCCUGGUUCUAGAACCAGGGUAUUUCAUGUUUGUGAUCUAAACAAUCUGACAUGCGUCAUUAUUAUUAUUUUUUU